AUGCUACACCUCUCAUGUGCCCCUCUCUCGUUCACCGCUCAUGCACCCCUCUCUCGCUUAUCUACUUUCCUACCUCAGAAGUUCGACAUAGAGAAUUCUAAGGAUAUUAAUUUCCCUAUGAUCGACGAAAGUGAUGUAGAAAACUUCGACUAUGACACGAUUGGAAAGGGCGUGGGCAACAACUCUUCUGAUGGUGCUAGCGAUAGAGAUGACAGUAGUAGCAUGAUUCGGAUGGGAGUGGCGGUCCAGAACUACCACCACAACACGGGGAUAAAAUCGCGUAAGAAAUCUAACAAAUUUGAUUUCCAUCUUAUGACCGCUCGUCAUCUUUUGUCACUGAUAUUAGACUCAAUAACGUCAAGUAACAUGCCCACCAUAUGCAGUGUUUCCUGGGUAGGGUAG